AAACGCGAUACUUAUAUCUUUUGGAUCCUCUUUGGCUUCAGAGUCUCUUCGACCCCAUGCUAUUUUUAAUACCCAUUGGGCAGUCUUCUAUCCAUUAGACUAUUAAUACUUCAGUUUCAACCAUUGCAACAAUGACAGCAGCCUUGGCAUCUCUUCGAGACAGCGCUCCUCGCACCAUGGCGGAAGCCUUGGACAGCGACGAUCCGUAUGAGGCUUUGAUGUCUCUGUCGGUGGCAUCGAAAAAACGGGCCACCAAACUCUCGGAGGAGUUGACGACCCAGCUGGCCGAUUUUGUCCUCGAGAUUCCCGACAUUGUCAUCAAGGCUGCCAAGGAAUCAGAGAGUAUGGAAAAUCCCGUAUCGGACGCCAUGGCAUGUGCCGACAGUAUUUUGAAUUCUCUCACCAAAAUUGCGUCGGGAGGAAGUCAAGCCUCGUUGGAAAUUCGAAAAUUGGAGCAAGAAAAAGCCGAUCUCGAACAGCACUCACGCGAUGUCGAAACUGCUCUUUGGCUUCGGACGAGUUGUGACAAGGCCAGCUCGGCCAUUCCCUCUCGCCAAUACGAUGUUGCCGCCGGGGCCAUUCAGCAAUUCACGCAGUUAAAGGCGUGGAAUCGCAUCAGUGGACGUGCUCGAGCGUAUGCUGGAGAAUAUACCAUUCAACAAUUGGAACAGCAUCAUGUCACGCUCAAAAAAUUAUUAUUGGAACAGUACGAAGUGGCCGUGCAACAGUCGGAUUUGCAAAGGCUUGGGCAAAUGACGCCUCUGCUUCCCAAGGUUCAAUUGGAACAGGAGGCGGUUUCGCUCUAUUUAAAAUAUUUGCAAGCCAUUACUGCUCAAGAAUUUACCAAGGCCAUCCAAACAGCUCCAGUGCCCAAGGGAGCCUCGGCGGCGCCACCGUUUGCCUUGAUGGCACGAGUCUACAAUGCGGCAGUCACCGUUUUACGACACCACCUUCCUCUCAUUUCCCAUUGCUUGCACAGGGCCAAGGGAGAUGCCGCUGUGGCUCAAUUGGUCCACGUGCAGGUGGAGCAGCAUGUCUUGCCGCUCUUCCAAAAAUACAUUGAGACGAGGGAAUUGCCACUGGUGUCUCAAUCUGCGCAACGAAUUUCGGGAGUGUUGGAAGACAAGUAUUCUGGACGAGGUCUCGACUACGAUGGCGAGGACGAAGACGAUUGUGGAUUUGCCAGUGAAGUUGGAACCUUGGCCGAUGUGGAUGCGGCCAUGGAAGAGGCAGCACUCUGCUUGCAGCAUGCCGAAUCAUACACGCGCUUUAUGAAUCAUUCCGUCCAAGAGAUAAACAAGGCGCGAGCUCUCAGAUUUCACCAAGAGCAAGAGGAAAAACGGGUCGAACGCGAGCGUCAAGAAUGGGCAACAGGCAUGUCGACGACCAGUAGUUCUCGUUCCGCCGAAGAUUACAGUGAACGAGCCGAGUAUGAGCCAUUGGAGAUUUUGCCCGCACGCACACAGCUGCAAGAAGUGGUUUGGGAAGUCGGAGGAUAUUACUCUGGAAUUGAACGCUGUUUGCUUUUGGCGUCCAUGCAGCGAGCUUUUACCGCUCCGGAAACUGAUCCUCGCUAUUGCUCGCCUCUUGGCUUCAAGGGACAGUCUUCCCACAUUGCCAGUAGAGCCCUUCAAACGUCCAUGGUGGAGACUUGUCUCUACACCGCUCGAAGAAGCACCCAGCGUGCGUUUGCCACCGGACACACAGGAACUGCCUCGGCCGUGGCCAACUUUGCUGCGGAUGCUCUUUCGGGUGUGCUCAUGACUGUCAUGUCGCAGCGCGUGGAGGAAAUUGGAGUGCAUCGACUCAAGCCUGGUGAGGGACUCUUGGUUGGCGGAGCUGGACUGUUCUUUCAGAACAUUCGUCACGGAGGAGCCCAGGCACAACAGGCGCAUCACCCGACACCAAAACAAAAGUUGGAAGAGGAAACCAAGCGACGAGAGACGCAGAUGGAAAUGGCCAAGACAUGUGCCUACUUUAAUGAUUUGGAAAUCGCCAUGCAUCAUACGAAGCAAUUGGAAACCUUGCUGGCCGAUGCGAUCAUCGGGGGCUUUCCACCUAAUACACACGAGACGGAUCAGUUGCUCAUGUGCGUCAAAUCGCUCUCUACUGUCUCGGAGGGAUUUCAAUUGGCAGCCAACACUGCCAUUGAAUCGCUCGUUACCGUUUUGAAACCCCGUCUUCGAAAUAUUGUCGGAGAAGUUGCUGGCGCAGAAGGGUCGGCCAAUUUCAUGGGCGUGGGAGGCAAAAGUGGCGACCGUGUCCUGGUGAAGAUGAACUAUGACCUGGAUGACGAGUCGUAUCAAAUGAUGCAGUUGAGUGAAGGCUACAUGGGAAGAAUGUGCACUUUGUUGGAUGAAUUGAUUCUGCCCUUGCAGCCGUACUUUGCUCCUCGCCUAUGGGACAACUUGAUGCUCGGAGUCCUAGGUGCUACCUGUAAGCGUCUGGAACAGUCCAUCCGAAAGUGCCCCUUCACAGCUCUCGGGGCAAUCUGUCUUGAUUCAGAUAUGCGUGACCUCUUGGGCUAUGCCAAGGAGCGUUUGGAUUCGCCCGAGCUGAAAUCGAAUGUUGCUUUGUACCGUGCUUGUGUGCCCUUGGCUCGCUUGAUGCAGAUUUCUCGGCUGGUCAACGUUGACGACCUGGACGAUGUGAUCGAUUUGAUCACAUCGUCCAAGAGGAAAGGUGGAUGGGACCUCAAACUGGAUGAAAGCAAAGCCUUUCUGUGCCUUCGCAAAGAAUUUUCGGCCGAGAAGGUGAAUGAGCUGCUUCAUGACGACUGAACAGGAUGACUCAAGACAAUAGACUAGACUACUAGUCUUCAAACCAACUAAAAAGGUACUGGUCUUGCAUAGCCAGAAGGUGGGCUACUUAGUUUUUAAAAAUCUGGCAUACUAGUAGCACAAUGCGCGGCAGUUUUGAUCCUUCAUUGGGAAAGUAAAAUCAACAGGACUGUUGCCACCCUC